AUGGUGCUUUUCAAUAGCCAGAGAAAGUUCGUUUUUGAGCCCGUGAAAGACGCGGACAUUGGCAAAGAAUCUCCCAGGGCGUACAUCGACUACAAACACACUAAAAAGCCAGACCCUGGGUACUUCAAACAAAUUUUAGAGAACAGUCUCAACGAGCUGGAAAUGGCGCACUUCUGCGAAUACUUCAUUCGACUGCUCAACUGCCGCCUCAAACAACACAAGGAAAAAGUACUGUGUCUGGCAGGAGAGCCGAAGAGUGGAAAAACGAGCCUUUUUACGCCCAUCUCGCGCCUGACCCAAGCAAGAUACAUUGCGAUGAUCACUACGCAAAAGGCGUUCAACAAGAGCUUAGUCGACGAAAACACGCAAAUAAUCUUCCUGGACGAGGCACACGCCAACCUGAUGGAUCCAGAUGACUGGAAAAUACUGACGCAGGGAGGGCUAACCGCCCACGACCGCAAGUAUAAGACGUCUGAAAGUAAUAAGAUGCCCCAUGUUUAUCACUUGUCAGACUGACCUGGAUUUCGGGGAGCACCACAACACUGCCAUGGACGCCAGCUUAGGAAAGUCCUUUUUUAAAAGCCUUAACGCGCCGCGUGUGGCAGGAAUUCAAGAAUUCCUACGAGACAAUGCAAUGUAUUUCAUUGUCUGGGCACGUGGUUUCGCAAGAACGCCGGACGAUGAACUACCCCCUCCUAUCCCGAGGACCAGUUUACUUCCGGAGGACAUUGACGAAGAAGAGAAAGAACGAAGCGGAGAGAGAAAGAAGAGAAAGAGGCGGAGGUGAACACGACUACAGAAUUCAGUGAUCAAGAAAGAGAGAGUGAAGACUCGGAUACUGAUUCGACCUACUUGGGCCAAUGGGAGAAGAGUCUAAAGAACAUCGAGAAAAACUCGCAGCUGGGGUAAAACGCGCAGUGGAGGACAUUAACAACCAAGACCAACGCGCACGAAAACGUGCUCUAGAAGAAACACGCCAACGAUGGAUCUCGCUCGUUAUGAUGAGGGAAGACGACGUCCCUUUGCUCCAGUCAGUGAGCAGCGCCUACCAUCCAAACAUCGAAAGUUCAAGGGAAGAAUACUUUGCAAAGAAAAAAGAAGAAGAACAACGGAUGCUAGAGAUGAAAGCACGAGAGUACUACAACAAUGAUUGGAUUGUGGCGAAAAAAAUGGAACUUCGAGACCACCAGUCCAAAGAAGACGCAGCGACAGACGAAGAUACGAAGCGUGCCCUCUUGUACAUGAUGGAAGUGACCGCUGAGGCUCUGAAGUUAAAGUUUCAAAAGGAAGAAGUUCCGGGCCUGGCAAAGUUAGUACUUUUGCAGCGGACGAAGAAAGCCGUAGAAAUGUAG